AUGCCACCACCCUUGGUCACCAACAGUCUCUCACCCAAUACUCGACCUCUGUCCAUCACUCAUCUGCGGGAUACUACCCACUCGACAUCUUUCUUUCCCUUGAUAGACCGAUACCCACUGGAUGCCAAGCACCACCAGGAAGGCGGCGCUGAGCCACUCGGCGGCCUCGGCGGCAGAGGACUUGGCGGCGGUGGUGGCGCAGGAGGAGGAGCAGGGAAUGGCGGAGCAGGUUGGAGUCGGCCAGCCGCCUUCAACGCUCCUCUGUCCAUGAACUCUCCCUUUGGCGGCGGUGGCCAGGGUGGGCUCUUCGGUGGCCAUCCUCAAGGCGGCCAAGGACAUCACGGCGGACCAGGCGGACCCCAUGUUCACAACCAACACGGCGGUCUGCACUCGCACAACCACCAACACCCUCACCAUGCCGCGUUUGGCAACGGCGGCGGGAACAACUCGCACUUUGGCGGCCAGGGCGGGUUAGGCUUGGGUGGUCACGGUGCACCAGGCCAGUUCGGGUCCGGCAUGGGCGGCGGGAUGGGCUUUGGCGGCCAGCCGUCAAGCCCACCUAGAGCCCAGCAGGAGCAAGCGAUGCCCAUGACCACGCACUGGCAACAGCAGCUAUUGAGGGCCGAGACGUCGCGUGUCUCCUCGUCCCCGCAUCACCGGGCGCGCUCGGCGGCCAUGGCCUCGCGCAUGACAAACAAGCCCGCUGCUGUCGCCAUCCUCAACCCCAAUGACAACAACAGGCCCGCAUCUGCACAAGGGAUUGGCUCGCCAGCCCCCGGCACACCCAAUGGGCACCGGAAGAAUGUGCUGUCCGUCGCAUCGAACACUCCGUCUGCAGUGCCCUCACCGCCGGCGAAUGGUACUAAAGACACCGACGCCGGCGCCGACCCCAUGAACUCUUCCCAACCCCCUGCGCCCGCAUCUAAACCGGACGAUGCGCCUUACGAGCCGUGGACCGGCUUGGACUUAGGCGGCAUCCACCUGAAGACGCUGUCGCCCUCCCUGUUCACCUUCACACACAUCACGUCGCUGUACAUCAACCACAACAACCUCAAGGUGCUCCCCGCGGCCAUCUCAAACCUCCGGCAGUUGACGCUUCUGGACGCGACCAGCAAUGAGCUUCAGUCGCUUCCGCCCGAGAUCGGCAUGUUGUCCAAGCUCAAGGAGCUUCUGCUUUUCGACAAUCAGCUUCAGAACCUGCCCACCGAGAUCGGUGGCCUGUACCAGCUCGAGGUUCUCGGCGUUGAGGGCAACCCCAUGGACGAGUUUGUGCGCAAGACGCUCGCUGAGAGCGGCGCGCCGGUUUUGAUCGCUCACUUCCGUGAUUUACACACCAGCGAGGCACCGCCAGACCGCGCAUGGAUCGAGGUUGAGCCUGACCUCGAGCUGGACGCGGGCAGCACAGAAUCGUUUACGACCCUGUCGUACAACAUCCUUUGCCCGUCGUUCGCGCCGAGCUCGUCGUAUGCGUAUACGCCGGCUUGGGCACUUGAGUGGCCAUACCGGAGGGAAACGCUUUUAGAGGAGCUAAUGAAUGCGUCGGCGGACGUCGUGUGCUUGCAAGAGAUCGACUCGGAGCAGUACGCCGAGUGGUUCUACCCCAAGCUCAAGGAGCGGGGCUACGACGGUGCGCACUACCCACGUUCGCGCGCGCGCACCAUGUCGGCGGACGACGCCAAGCUCAUCGACGGCUGUGCGACAUUCUGGAAGCGGGAAAAGUUCCAUCUCAUCGAGACCCACGUCAUCGAGUUCAACCAGAUGGCGCUGCACAACCUCGAGGUGCGCACGGAAGACAUGUUCAACCGCGUCAUGUCGCGUGACAACAUUGCGACGACCGCGCUCCUCGAGUCUGUCAAGACGGGCGCUCGGUUGGUUGUGGCCAACGCGCACAUCUUCUGGGACCACAGAUACCGCGACGUCAAGCUUGUCCAGAUAGGCAUGAUGAUGGAGCGGCUCGGCGAGAUUGUCGAGAACUUCAGCUCGUUCCCCGCCAAGCCGGCCGUCGAGGGCGAGCCAGCCCCCGCAAAGUACGACAGAAAGGAGCGUGGGCGCGACAUACCGCUCGUGUUAUGUGUCGAUCUCAACUCGUUGGCCAACUCGGGUGUGUACGAGUACAUCUCCAAGGGCGAGGUGCCGGGCGCACAUGAGGACUUUAUGGACCACAAGUACGGCGCGUACACGGACAAAGGCCUCAAGCACGACUUGGAGCUGCGGUCGUCAUGUGCGAGCUUUGGCGAGAUGAAGAUGACAAACUACACGCCGACCUUUGACGAGGCCAUCGACUACAUCUUCUACACGCCGCGCUCGCUCAAGGUCACGAGUGUUCUCGGCGACAUUGACCGCAAGUACCUGAGCAAGGUGGUUGGGUUCCCCAACGCGUACUUCCCGUCAGACCACAUCCCCGUCUUCGCGCAGUUCCGGACAAAGGGCGAUGCGGACAAGAAGCCCAAGAUGCCGUCUUACAUGCGGCAGUAG